UCUAAAACCCCCGGAUUCUGUCUAAACCCUAGGAUGGCAGUCGCUUCCCCUCGCCUCCCUCUCAAGCUCAAAAACUACCGUGGAGUCGGACGAGGCUAACAACUGCGCCUCCAUGGAGAUCGAAAAGGUCUCGUCCGGGACAAAACCAGCAUCUGAAAAUCUUCCAUCGAAGCCAAAAUUUGAGCCAUUGAAGGCUCACGAGAUAUCUGAUGGUCGAGUUCAAUUUCGGAAAGUCCCCGUCCCAGCGCAUCGGUACGCGCCUCUCAAGAAAGCUUGGCAGGACAUCUACAACCCCAUAUACGAGCAGAUGAAGAUUGAUAUCCGUAUGAAUCUCAAGGCUCGUAGGGUUGAAUUGAAGACCAAACCCGACACUCCCGAUAUCAGCAAUCUGCAAAAGUGUGCCGAUUUCGUUCACGCUUUCAUGUUGGGAUUUGAUGUCAUAGAUGCAAUUGCCCUUCUGCGUAUGGAUGAGCUCUAUGUGGAUUCGUUUGAGAUCAAGGAUGUGAAGACCCUGAGGAACGAGCACCUUUCCCGUGCUAUUGGAAGACUGUCAGGCAAAGGAGGUAAAACGAAGUUCGCCAUUGAGAACGCCACAAGGACGCGGAUCGUGAUUGCGGACACAAGGAUUCACAUAUUGGGAUCUUUUGCCAAUAUUAAAAUUGCGAGGGAUUCUCUUUGCAGCCUCAUUUUGGGUUCCCCUGCUGGCAAGGUGUAUUCAAAACUUAGGGCAGUCAGCGCUAGAUUGGCAGAAAGGUUUUGAUAUUUCUUAUCUAUUUAAAUCCCCCCCGCCGGGGGGGGGGGGUGGUUGGUUGUUCUGAGAUUUGGGUUUUAAUUGUUGGCUAUAUCAUUUAAUGUCGCCGAGGGUGAGCAUUAAUGUUAUUUGAAGUGAAAUUUUUUUUCUUGAGGUCAUCGCGUCAUCUGUUAUGAUGUGAUUGUACCAUUGUGAGGAUAUAAUUGAUCCUUAUAUAGCUUUAUAAUUUCGCAUGCAUAAUCUAAAUUGUGCCUGCGCUAUAUUGUUA